GCUCACCUGAGCAGGUGCGCUGUUUCACUUCUCCCGCGAUCGGUUCCGCCACCGCGCGCACGCGUAUUUUGCCGGCGAUUGUGUUUCGCUGUAUCGAAGACCGGCUAAAGCAAUUUUUUUUCUAUUUCAAGAGUGACGUGAUAAGUACUGUGUCUGUGGGAAGUGAGCAGGAGGAUUGCGCUGGAUUUUCAUUUGGGAUGGAGUUUUCGUAGAUUUAUCGCUGACCAGCUGCACGUACCGGCAUGCGAUUAUAGCCGCUUGAUGCCGAGUGGAAUUAUGCGCCGGCAUCGGGUGUCCCAGCAGCAGCAUCCAACAUGAAGGUGCUCCGAUGCGCAUCGAAGACGGACGACUACUCUCUGCGGCGAGCGGCGCCGUUUUUGCUGGCGCUGCUGCUACUCCUACUGCCAGCGACAUGCGAGGCGAGGAACAACCCGCCGCGCUUCCUCACCGAACGCGGCCAGACCGCCGAGAUCGUGCUACGACUGAAGGAAGGCCCGGAAACGCCGGUUGGCAGCCUGAUCUACCGAUUACGAGGCGUCGACCCGGACGGAGAUGACCUGACGUUCGGGGUACGAGAUCAGCCGGGCAGCGACGUGAUAAGCAUCGACAAGUUCAGCGCUAACGAAGCCAACGUCUACCUCAAGAAGCCGCUAGACCGAGAGACGAAAGACGAGUACGCGAUAGUCCUAACGCUGACAGACGGCAAGCUGGGCGACAACAACUUCAUAACCCAGAGUCUCCUGCUGCUCGUCGAGGACAUCAACGACAACACGCCCGUGUUCAAGCCCCACCCGACGAGUCUCACCGUUCCCGAAGAUGCGAAACCCGGAGUCCUCACGACGGUCGAGGCGACCGACCUCGAUGAAGGCGCUCACGGACAGGUCGUCUACUACCUGCAGGAGACCGAAGGAGAAAACGAUGUGUUCAGUAUUACGACGGUUAACGGAAAAGGGGUGAUCAGGUUAGCUGGUCAACUGGAUUACGAGAGGAAGUAUCUAUACCAGCUGCGGAUCUUGGCGGUUGACCGGGCAAUCAACGAGAAGGUCAACACUGGAUCCACCGCGAUACUCGUGAAAGUACAAGACGUGGAGGAUCAGCCUCCAGAGUUCAUCUCGAUGACUCCCGUGUCGAGGAUCAGCGAGAACUCCAAGGUCGGGACGUCGGUUCUCCAAGUGCGAGCAAUCGACGGCGACAAGGGGAUCAACAACCGGGUGACGUACGACAUAACGCGUGGACCUCGUCACCUCUUCGACAUAGACGCGACGUCCGGUACGGUCUUCACGACAGCCCCCUUAGACCGCGAGGCGCCGGACAACAGCGACGGAUCCUUCAUCCUCGAGAUAACGGUGAAGGAGGAGUCGAGCGUCGUGCCAACGCCGUCGGUGUCCACCGAGGUCACCAUCAUUCUGAUGGACGUCAACGAUGAGACGCCCACCUUCAGGAGUAGCAAGUACAUAGCGGAAAUAAACGAAAACGCGCCUCACAAUACGCCGGUCAAUUUUAUCGGCGACGCCAUACCCGAGGUCUUCGAUCACGAUUUGGGAUCAAACGGAACGUUCAAAUUAGUCAUUCAAGGCGAUCAGGGGAUAUUCGAAGUGAGCCCGACGCAGGGCAUCAACGAGGCUCCAUUUUUAAUCAGAGUUAAGGACCCCUCGAAACUCGAUUUCGAGCAGAUAACGGUGGUAAAUUUCACUCUCGCAGCCAAAGAAAUAGUGCCAAACAGCCCGAAACAAAGCGUCGUCCCGGUGAGCGUGUACAUAAAGGACCAAAACGACAAUUAUCCGGAAUUCACGGAAAGCACUUACGAGGUCUCGGUGCUCGAGAAUUGCGCGGCGGGGACGACCGUCGCCUGGGUCCAAGCUUUGGACGAGGAUAGCGGCAACUUCGGUACAAAGGGGAUUAGAUACACCAAUCUGGGCGGCAGCCUCGCUCACGCUUUAACGCUAAACUACAAUACGGGCGUGAUAACCGUGAAGCAGCCGGGCGCGUCCUUCGACCGCGAGCUAGUCUCGCGGCACUUCCUGACCGUCGAGGCUCGCGACGAUCUGGGCAAGGGCAACCGCAACACGGCCCAGCUCAUCGUCAACAUCAACGAUGUCAACGACAACGCUCCCGCCUUCCUGCAGAACAAGUACGAAGCGGUGCUGCUGGAGAACGAGGAGCUCUUCGACGCGCCCAUCGUCGUCGAGGCCUUCGACAUAGACCUCAACGGCACGAGGAACAGCGAGAUCGUCUACUCCAUCGUCUCCAGCGACUACUCGCGGAACUUCACCAUCGACAAGAAGCGCGGAAUCAUCGUGCCCGUUGCCCCGAUGGAUUUCGAGGCUCUGCCGAUCCUGAAGGACGCUCGCUCCGAGCCGUCGGUCAGGGCGCUCAAGCUGACCAUAAGGGCGAGAGACAAGGGAUCGCCCAGCUUGAGCUCGGACGUCUUGCUGGUCGUCUAUUUCAAGGACGUGAACGAUAACGCACCGGCUUUCGAGAGGCCCAUCUAUAAGAAGAACGUGCCCGAAGACUUACCCGGUGGAACGAGCGUUUUGCAGGUGAAAGCUUGGGACAAGGACCUCUCGUCGCCUAACAACAAAGUCGUGUACAGAAUCCAGAGUGGCGCGGGCGAUAAGUUUGUGAUAGAGCCCGAGACAGGGACAAUCAGAGUGUCGCCCGGCUCGAAUUUAGAUCCGGAUUUGACGUCCCCCAAGACCACGAGAUACAGCCUCAAGGUGCUGGCGAUCGAUAGCGGCUCCGAAAUUCAAAGGUCCGCCCAGGUCCUCGUCAACAUCACCAUUAUUGACGUGAACAACAAGCUGCCCGUGUUCGUCGACCCCGGCACCGUCACUAUCCGCGAGAACACUCAGGCCGGAGCUUACGUGCACCGCAUCGUGGCCAACGAUCCGGACAUCGCGCCGAUUCUGCGCUACAGAAUCGAUCCGAACUCGUCGGAAGCGAGGAACGAGGAAGGCACGCUAAUCCGCAUUCAGGAAUACGAUUAUCUCGCGGCUCUGGAGUUGAAUGCAGUCGACGGACUUCUGAGGGUCGUAAAGUUACUCGACAGGGAAAGAGUCGAGACAAUAAGGCUCGGCUUGGUCGUCGAAGAUUUAGCAGCCGUCAAGGGAAUCCAAACUGCUUCGGCAACUCUCAACAUAGUGAUCGAGGACGAGAACGACAACGACCCGAGAUUUCGACGGCCGUUUUACAGGCGAUACGUCACGGAGAACAGUAAAAACGGAGUGAACAUCGCCAGUAUCGUGGCCGACGACGCCGAUAAAAAUCGUACCAUCAGUUACACGUUCGAAAGUCCGCGAGAGCUCACCGACAUGGUCAAACUCGACUCGGAAACCGGCGAGGUGACGGUGGCUAAUAAAAUUGACAGAGAGGUCCACUCUUGGCUGAAUCUCACCGUUCGCGCUACCGAUUCUGGAAUACCGCCAAGGUCUAGUCUAGCAGAAGUUUUCAUCCAAGUGAUCGACGAGAACGACAAUAAUCCGUACUUCGUGACCGACGUGAGCAACGUGACCGUCAACGAAAACUCGAAAAUCGGCACGGAAAUAAUCGCGCUCAAAGCCAGAGAUCCGGACAGCGGAGACUAUGGAAAAGUCACCUAUCUACUGGACAGAAUGUCCUCUCAGGGAAAGUUCGCGAUUCAUCCGGACAGCGGAUCGCUGACGGUCGCCGACACGCUCGACUGGGAGACGAGGAGCUCUUACGUGCUCGUUAUCGAGGCCUGGGACAAUUAUCAGUUCGGUUACACUGCCGGUGAAUCUCGAAACGCGUUCAAGCAGAUCGAAGUUACGGUGAUCGACGUGAACGACAACGUGCCAAAGGUGGAGAUUCCCGAGGGAUGUGCGACGAUCUCGGAGUUUCACGACGUUCGCGAGAGCAUCGUGUUCGUCAAGACCAAAGAUGCGGAUAAUCCGCUGAUGCCGAACGGGAGGACGAAGAUUCGUAUUAUCUCCGGAAAUGACUUGGGCUACUUCACGCUGGAACAAACCGAUUACUGGAGAGCACGACUGAAAGCAUCCGAGUCCCUUCGCGGUAGAUUUGGAAACUAUUCUUUGAAGCUCGAGGUACAGGACCUUGGAAGUCCUCCCAACAAAGUUCUCGCUACUUUGGACGUCUGUGUGACCGACUACAACGACAACCCGCCUGUUUUUAUUAGUCCGCAGCACAACGUUACCAUCAGAGUACCGGAGAACAUGACUGUGGGUUCUGAAAUCGUUCAAGUGCAAGCGAAAGAUGCGGAUAUAGGACCAAACGGCGACGUUCAUUAUCGAUUGAAGCAAGACAUUGCUGGACACCAUAGAACGUUUAGAAUCGACCAUAAGACUGGAGUAAUAUCUUUGAAAAUGCCACUGGAUCGAGAGAUACAAAAACUAUACGAGAUCCGAGUGCAAGCCUACGACAUGGGUACACCGACACCGCUGAGCUCUGAUCUGGACCUGAUGAUUUACGUGAAGAACAUCAACGAUUACGAGCCGCAAUUUCUGAUCGACGUACAUAACGUGAAUUUCACGGAAGAGCGGCCAGCGGGAUUUGAAAGAGUUAUUCUUCCGGAAACCAUUGACAGGGAUGAGGUGGACGACCUCGACGAUCCACCGACUAAAGUUUGUUAUUUCAUCGUCGGGGGAAAUGACGAGAAAUCGUUCGACCUUGACAUCUCCACUCAUGAGCUCACGACUGCGGUUACAUUGGAUCGAGAAACGAAGGAAGUCUACGAGAUAAUAAUCAAAGCUACUGAAGAUUGCAAUACGAUUCCUAAGAAUCAGACAACUUUUAAUGAGAAAGAUGACACGCUGUUGAAGGUUGUCAUUACGGUCAAUGACAUAAACGAUAACGCACCUAAAUUUAUUAGCGAGACCUUUACCGGUGGGGUAACGACUGAUGCUGAUUUUGGGACAGAAUUUAUGCAAGUUAAGGCUGUCGAUUUGGAUACCGGGGCGAAUGCGAUUGUUAAAUAUUAUCUAAUUGGAUCAAUACAGAUGACUUUAACUGAGGGCUUCGAUAACAUUCAAUUACAGCCUUUUUUGGUCGAUGAAACAACAGGGGAUGUAACUCUGAAUUUCGACCCACAGCGUGGAAUGAAAGGAUACUUUGAUUUUAUGGUUUUAGCCAACGAUACCGAUGGUCUUCAUGAUACUGCCAGGGUUUUCAUUUACUUACUAAGAGAGGAUCAACGAGUCAGAUUUGUACUUAGACAACACCCCCCGGAAAUUCGUAGCAGAAUCGAAUACUUUCGAGAGGUGCUGGGCAACGUAACAGGCGCUAUUGUGAACGUGGACGAAUACAAGAUUCACGAGAAUCAGGAUGGAUCGGUCGAUCGGACGCGAACCGAUCUCUAUUUGCAUCUAGUAGAUCGUAACGAUAACUCGAUACUCGAGGUGUCGGAAGUUUUGCAACUAGUUGAUCGCAAUAUAGAGAAACUUGAUGCGCUUUUCAAAGACUUUAACGUACUAGACACGCAGCCAGCUCAACCGCAAACCAUGGCGCAAUUCGAACAAGCGGGCACAACUCUGUGGCUCGCUACCCUCACUCUGUUUCUGGCUGGUCUACUGGUCAUCUGCGUGGGAUUAUGUCUCUCGCAAAGAGCUUCAUAUCAGAGACAACUAAAAGCUGCAAAUGGUACCCUUGGCGUGACAGAUUCGGAAUUCUUAAGAGGGCCUGGAAGAGUUCCAAACACAAACAAGCACAGCGUUGAGGGAUCCAAUCCAAUUUGGAUGCAUGCCUAUGAAAACGAGUGGUUCAAAAGCGAUGAAUCGAUCAGUCAUAAUUCUGAAAGAGAUUCAUUAGACGAAAAUGCUGUAAAUAACGACGAAAUGAAUGAAGUGAACACGAAUGAAAUAACGACUGAAGACAAACCGUAUUAUACUCAACAAAGGGUCACAUCGAUAUUCAGUGUAGAAACUACAACGAUCGAUACGACAUCCGACGAUGCGAACGAGGGAGGCAGCUCGAGUCGCAAGUCACCGAUUUUUCGGGGCCAUAACUUGGUGCUGAACAACGUGUGCCCAUUAGGCAUAAAUGUUGAAACAACGGAACUCUGACAGUCAAGGGUAAGGAGGAAAUUGUGGAAACGAAAAAAUAGGUUGAAAAAAAUGCGUACGAACUUUUGUAAAUACUUUUAGAAUAUUUUGUGGUACUUUAUGCGAAUAGGGCAAUCGUAUACAAUUAUUUAUUUAUAUAUAAAUGCGUAAUUUAAACGUUUAGUCAGAUCUCUAUUAUAUAUUAAUUAUACAUGAAAAUAUAGACUUAAUACAGCAGAAAAAUGCGUUACUAUUUUUUUUUAUAUUCAACAAUUAGGCUUAACAAAUUUUAUGUAGUAACUUGUUUUUCAAAGAUUCUAAUUUUGCUGAGAAAAUAUAACGAUUAAGUGAAUUUUAAAGUCUGUAAAUAUUACUCGCCAAAACGGAACAUCGAAUAAUAGAAUUUGUACCUUUGUAAUACUUUUUAUAUCCGAAUAAAAUUUGUUUAUACAUUGUU